CCGGCAUUUAGAUGACAGGGAUAUAAGAUUGGUAAAAUUCAUAUAUUUCACAUGUUGAAAUGUUUGUUCUGUCUACGAAUUUCAGUACACAGAUGGACCUUACCGGCGUCACUGAUCUGCUGUGGAAGAGGUUCUUCCAGUGGGAAUUCGGUGAGGCUGACAUGAACGUUGCCAUCAAGAGAAUGAAGGAGAGCGGAGUGCGUUACAAGUGGAAGAAACUCUUCGAGGCAAAAACAGAAAAGCAAAAGCAAGUUGAACAAAGAAUGUCCGCGGGACUCAGAAACAAAUAUGAAGCAGCAAACUGGUUUUGUAUUGAAAAUAAUGUUGUAAAAGUUCUUGGUGCUCGUUUGUCCUGGCUCUCCGCUCAGCUACAUUGUAAUUCAAAUGUCUGA